CUUGGGUAGCAAUCGGUUACAAGGAUCAAUACCAGCAUCCAUUUACAAACUUCGAGGGCUCUGUUACCUCAACCUUUCUUCCAAUAAUUUUAGUGGCUCGAUGAAUAUCAAUGCGCUUCAGGGAUUUGAAAAUUUAACUUAUCUUGAUCUAUCGUAUAGUGGCUUGUCCAUUAUCACCAUGGCGUCCGCCUCUGCUGCCGCAUCCUCUUUCCCCGAUUUAUAUGGGUUAUAUUUGGCUUCCUGCCGGUUGCGGGCAUUGCCUCGGUUUUUGGCUGACCAGUCCAAUUUGGAAUACCUUGACCUCUCCCAAAAUUAUAUCCAAGGGGAGAUACCGCGAUGGAUAUGGACACUAGAAUAUCUUUCAUUUCUCAAUCUUUCCUCUAAUUUCUUUGAAGAUUUGGAAACAACUCCGCACAAUCUUACUUCUGCUCUCCUUGUCAUCGACCUCCAUUCAAACAUGCUCCGAGGGAAUAUGCCACCCUUGACGAUGUCCGCUAUGUACUUGGAUUUCUCAAGUAACAACAUCAGUUCUGUUAUUCCAGAUGACAUUGGAGACAACCUAUCAUCUUCCACGACCUUCUUCUCCCUUUCGAAGAAUGAUUUCCAUGGGUCCAUCCCGAAGUCAAUUUGCAAAGCUUCUUAUUCUGAUUAUCUUGAAGUGCUUGACUUAUCGCAUAACCAUUUGAACGGAACUAUUCCUGAUUGUUUAAUGAUGGGAUCCCUCAAGGUAUUGAAUUUGAGAAAUAACCAGUUGAGUGGCAAUAUUCCGCAAGACAUUCCGGACAAAUGCAGUCUGCAGACAUUGGACAUGAGUGAGAAUUUGUUGCAGGCGCCGAUUCCAUUGUCGUUGGCAAAUUGCUCAACGUUGGAGAUUGUGAACAUCGGGGACAAUCAAAUAAAUGGGACAUUUCCAUGCCAUUUCAAGGCUAUGUCGAGUCUCCGUAUCCUUGUUUUACGAUCUAACAAAUUGCACGGGGAAAUUGGAUGUCCGCAGAGUCCCGGCACCUGGCAGAAUCUCCAAAUCAUUGACCUGUCUUCAAACAAUUUUGGCGGCACGCUAGCUGCGAGUCUCGUCACAUCUUGGGAGGCUAUGAAGGCCAACGCUGACUUCAAUCACCUGCAAUAUGAGUUAUUGCGAUUAAGGAACCUCUAUUAUCAAGACACAAUGAGUGUAACUUUGAAAGGUCGACAGCUAGAACUCGUCAAGAUUCUGACUAUUUUCACGUCGAUCGACUUCUCGGGCAAUAGAUUGGAGGGUCCAAUACCAGAUGCACUUGGAGAUCUCAAAGCACUUUAUCUCCUCAAUCUAUCGCACAAUGCCAUCUCUGGUUCAGUUCCUCCUGCGUUGGGGAGUCUGGAUCAGCUCGGGUCGUCGGACCUAUCAGGGAACAACCUCAAUGGAACCAUACCGGCUUAGCUCACGAAUUUGAUUUCCUUUCAUUCCUAAAUAUCUCAAAUAAUCAACUUGUGGGAAGCAUCCUGGCUAGCGGACAGUUUCUCACAUUUCCCGAAAGUUCUUUCGAAGGAACCCUCGGAUUGUGCGGGAUUCAGCUCAACAAAAGUUGCUCAAAUACAACAAACGGGACUGAAGAAGCCGGUGACGAUGGCAACGAUGAUGACAGCGAGAAGAAGUGGUUUUACUUGGGCAUACCACUUGGAUUCGUUGUUGGCUUCUGGGCAUUUUGUGGUCCGUUAGUGUUUAUCCAAUCAUGGGGGUUUGCUUACUAUCAAUUUUGGGAUAAAUUGCUGCUCAGACACUCACGUCCAUGAAGUUUUCCCCAGAGGUUCAGUUGAUAAUCAAGUUUCUAUGUCUUUAAUAUUUGGGUAGCAUCAAUGUCUUUAAUGCUUAGUCUACUUCCGAUGUGAUAGUUUACUCAUGCUUAGAGGGAUGUUCCAUGCUUGUCUAUACAAGCAUGUUAUCAUGAUAAAAAUUCAGACUUGUUGAUUCAUAACUUAUUUGACCCUUUGGCUUGA